CGGAGCUUCCGGCGGGGCUCGACCGCCGGAGCUUCCGAUUCUGGUCCCCAGUCUUGGUUGGCAGCAUGGCUUCUCUCCUGGCCAAGGAUACCUAUCUGCAGGACUUGGCCAAGAAGAUCUGCGCGCAGCCUGGCCCUGAGCGGCAGAGGAGCACGUGGGGUGUCAGAACAAAAGGCUCAGAAGCUGCUGGCCUCCCCAAAAAGAAAAGGAAGAAAACACAAAAGAAGUCUCCGGAGCAGGAACAGAAAGCUAUGGAUCACAAGACUAAACCCCUGGGCAAGAAGUCUCCCACCUCUUCUAGGCCCAAGAACCCAAUGGUAUCCAAACAAGAGAAGAACUUCAGCUCCCUGGGGUCCCCUAAAGAUAGCCAAGGCACAGCACCGGAGUCUGUCUUUGCACUGGAUUUUCUGCGACAGCGGCUGCAUGAAAAGAUCCAGCUGGCCCGAGGCCAGGGUAGCACCAAGGAAUUGUCUGCUGCCACUCUCGAAAAAAGGCAGCGGAGAAAGCAGGAGAGGGAACGCAAGAAGAGGAAACGGAAGGAGCGCCUAGCAAAGCAGCAGGUUGCAGAGGCGGAGAAAAAGGAGGAGCCAGUCAAGGUGACCCCAAAAAUGGCCUGCAAGGAGCUGCCUGAAUCAGGGCUGAUCUUUAACAAGGUGGAAGUGACUGAAGAGGAGCCAGCCAGCAAGGCCCAGCGAAAGAAGGAGAAGAGGCAGAAGGUGAAAGGGAACCUGACACCACUCACAGGCAGGAACUACAGGCAGCUGCUGGACCGUCUGCAGGCACGGCAGGGCCGCCUGGACGAGCUUCGUGAUCAGGAUGCAGCCAAGGCCCAGGAGCUGGAGGCCAAGAUGAAGUGGACCAACUUGCUGUACAAGGCUGAGGGUGUGAAGAUCAGGGAUGAUGAACACCUGCUGCAGGAAGCCCUAAAGCGCAAAGAGAAGCGCCGGGCACAGCGGCAGCGUAAGUGGGAGAAGCGUUCAGAGCAUGUGGUGGAAAAGAUGCAGCAGCGACAAGACAAGCGGCGUCAGAACCUGCGCAAGAAGAAGGCAGCUCGUGCUGAGAGACGGCUACAGAAGGCCCACAAGAAGGGCCGGGUGCUUCCCCAGGACCUGGAGCGUGCAGGCCUCUCCUGAGCAGUUUGCACCUGCCAAGUUCCUGGCUCAGCCCCUUCCCUCCAUCUCCAUCCUUGAGGGUUGGGGUGGUACGUGGUGCUAGUGCAGGUCUAGGCAACAGACUGGGUCUCCUGUGUGAGGUCAACACAGUUCUUGCACCCACAACCACAGUGAGAUCUCUGACCAUGUGCCAGGUUGUUUCAUCAGCAUCUUUAAGGAGGACCAUGUCCUCCAGUUCCUGAGAGGGAUAGAGGGGAUCUGUGCCCGAGUCUGGAGAGGUGUGUCUACGUGUCUGUAUGUCUGUGUGUAUCUGUGUGUUCUGAACUCUCCAGAGUCAGGAUAGAGGUUAGAGUGAGGCACCCUCACCGACCCUUUCCUGCCCACCUGCAUUUCCAGUGGCUGUGAGUGCACAAAGCCUUGGCUGCCUGUUCUGUAUUUACUAGUCCCUGGGGACAGAAGAGAGCCCAGGGAGUUGGUGGGAGAAUCUGAUCCAGUCAGUUAUGUCUCUGUGCCAGCGUUCCGGGCUGUCUUUGUGUUGGCAUCCAGCUGAAAACCUGAAGUCCUUCCUGAGUCCACAGGAUGUGUUUGGUCACCUGUGAGCCAAUUGGUGGCUGAGACUUGGGGUUGUAUGUUGCCUAGUUUUAUGUCAGUUUGACACAAGCUGGAGUUGUCAGAGAAGAGAGGCCUCAACUGUGAGCUCCACUACCUUGGUCUGUGGGCAAGCCUGUGGUGUGCUUUUUAAAGAUGUAGUAGGGAGCAGUACUUUGUGGACAGUGCCAUCCCCGGACUGGUGGUCCUGGGUUGUUUAAGAAAGUAGGCCAAGAUAGCUGUGGGGAGUGAGCCAUUAAGUAGCACUCCUCUGGCUUUUGCUUUAGUUCCUGCCUCUAGGUUCUUGUCCUAGCUCCCCUUGGUGAUGUACUGUUCCCUGGAAAUGUAACAGGAAGAAAACCCUUCUCUCCCUCAAGUUGUUUUUGGUCAUGUUGUUUUGUUUUAUCACAGCAAUAGAAACCCAAAGAUAAGUCUGUGCUUUUGGAGGAAAGGAGGCAGGACAGAGUGGCUCCCGGGAUGCUGGCUAGGCUGAGGUUGUGAGUGGGGAUAGGGCUACUUUUAACUAGGUGAGCAGAAUGGCCUGACAUAGGUGCAGAGCCACGUUCCCCGGCCAGAGCUUGGGUGCAGGGGUGGGCUGGUGGGGCUGGAGUUAUUUGUAAUUACUAAAGGCUGAACAGAAUUAAGAAGUGCUUGUUGUGUGUGGUGGCACACACCUUUAGUCCCAUUUCUCAGGAGGCAUAGGCAGGUGGAUCUCUUCAGUUUGAGGCCAGCCAGGCCUACGUAGAGACCUGUGUAAGAAAACAAUAACAAACAACAGAUCUAGAUAGAAGUGUUGGCCAACUGCUGUAAUCCCAGCACUGGAGUAAGAGUCAUUAAGCAUCCGGUAACCUCAUUGUUCCUUGCUGAUGUGUCACCUA